AUGGCACACAUCUUCUCCCUCGCAACUCCAGCGCCGCCAGCGUACCAGGAAGGAAGACGCUCUGGAGAUCAGGUCAAGUUUCCUGACAGUGGUUUUUUCCAAGGCUUUAACAAGCCGUCUCGGCUAGAAGCCGACAUCUUCGAGCUUGAGACGACUGGAACGAUUCCGAAAGACAUUAAUGGAACCUUUUAUCGUAUCCAGCCUGACCACCGUUUCCCGCCACUUUUCGAGGAGGACAUACACUUUAAUGGGGAUGGCUCAGUUUCAGCGUUUCGAUUCGAGAAUGGACAUGUUGACUUCAGACAACGAUAUGUGCAAACCGACCGUUUCAAAGCAGAAACCAAGGCGCGACAAGCUUUGCUUGGAAGGUACAGGAACCCGUACACAGACAAUGAAAUGGUGAAGGGUAUCAUCAGGACAGCAUCCAAUACGAACAUUAUCUUUUGGCGAGGAGUACUAUUGGCCACAAAAGAAGAUGGUCCACCUUUUGCCAUGGAUCCCGUGACCUUGGAGACCAUUGGUCGAUACGACUUCGAUGGCCAGGUGCAAUCUCCAACGUUCACUGCACACCCGAAAUUCGAUCCGGACACUGGUGAGAUGGUGUGUUAUGGGUAUGAAGCGGGAGGUAACGGAUAUGACGGAAGCUGCGACAUUGUUGUGUAUACUAUAGAUCGAGACGGGAAGAAGACUGAAGAAUGUUGGUAUAAGGCUCCGUUCUGUGGUAUGAUCCACGACUGUGCCAUCACCAAAAACUACCUGAUUUUGCCUUUGACACCAAUUAAGGUGGAUGAAGAACGACUGAAGAAAGGUGGAAACCACUUUGCAUGGGAUCCAGAUGAAGAUCAAUGGUAUGGAAUUGUGCCUCGCAGAGGUGGUAAGCCAGAAGAUAUUGUUUGGUUGCGUGCUGACAAUGGCUUCCACGGCCAUGUGGCAGGCUCAUAUGAGGACGAUGAUGGCAAAAUCGUUGUGGACCUGUCGGUAGCCUCUGACAAUGUCUUCUACUUCUUCCCACCUGACAGUCUUGCCGAUACACCAACAACGUUACUUCAGCGUAACAAACUUGUUUCCGACACAUAUCGAUGGGUCUUUGAUCCCAAAACUCCAAGCGAUACGCGCGUACAGCCCUUCAAAUUAUUUGGCAUCAACGGUGAAUUUUCGCGUAUAGACGAUCGCCUUCUUACAAAGAAAUAUAACCAUUUCUGGCAGUGCAACAUCGAUCCCUCAAAACCAUACGAUUUUCCGAAAUGUGGGCCGCCCGCCGGAGGAUUAUUCAAUGUACUUGGCCAUUACGAGUGGGAUACUGGGAAAAAGGAUACUUACUGGGCUGGUCCCACUUGCACCUUCCAGGAACCAGUGUUUGUGCCGAAAGCGACGGCGUCGUCGACUGAGAUUCUCGAGGGUGAAGGAUAUCUGAUAGCAUUGCUGAAUCAUCUUGAUGUAUUGCGCAACGAUAUACUCAUUUUUAACGCGCAAAACCUAGCACAGGGGCCUUUGGCAGUAGUACAUUUACCUGUUAAGCUGCGUUUGGGACUGCAUGGCAAUUUCAUCGAGCAGAAAGAGAUAGAUGAAUGGAAGGAAAAGAGAAAGGAAGGUGGGCCUCUUGGGCCUGCUCAAGCUGCAAAAGAGAUGCUUCCGUGGCAAAAACAAAUGGCUGAGCAAGGUGAACUGGGAAGUGCAGUGCCACUGAUAGGGGUGCAUAGCAAUUAA